CGCAAUACGAAGAUAAGCGUCACUGAGCAUUGCAACUGAUCAGUCUGACCUGUAUGGUCUGGAGAUCGUAGUGGAAAACAAGGCGUGCUGAGUAAGGCGAAGCUGCACGGAGUCGAGGAAGCUAACUUGUUUGGGUGUGCUGUGGAAAGAAAGUUGAGCAAAGUAUCAGCUGCACGGAGUUGGGGAAGCUAGCCUGUUUGGGUGUGCGGUGGAAAGAAAGUUGAGCAAAGUAUCAGACGCGAAAUCAAUCAGCCAUGUCUGGAGAAAGACCAUCGAUUUCAAAUUUCGACGACGUCCUGACAAGUGUGAGUUCCUUUGGAUACUGGCAGAAAAUAAUUUACGUGGCGACUUGUUGUCUUGUGAUUAUUCCUUCCACGUUACAAGUGAUAGGACUUGUGUUCUUUGCUGGUACACCGAGGUUCCAUUGUGUAACUCCCAACGUGACAUGCGCAGACAGCAAAUGUUGCACGAACUGUACUGAUUAUGUGUUUGAUGGUCCUUUCACAAGUAGCGUCAGUGAGUGGAACCUGAUUUGUGACAAGGCUUAUGUUGGCGCCAAUGUCCAGGCGGUCUUCUCAGCUGGAAUGCUCGUCGGCUCUCUCGUGUUCGGAGUAACUUCGGAUUUCUUUGGGCGUCGGUUCUGUAUAUAUAUAUGUGCUGCAUUAUUGGCCAUUUCCAGCCUUGGGUCAGGAGUCGUCGACUGUUUGUCAUUCUUUGCCUUUCUCCGUUUCUUCGCCGCAGCUUUUGCCGUUGGCUUCUUCGUCGCCCACUACAUCUAUGUUCUUGAACUGGUUGGCCCUCGUCACCGGACUCUUUCUGACAAAGUCCAGAGUUUGUUUUGGUGUAUAGGGGCGGGGUUGAUCGCAUUACUUGGUUACCUUAUACCGCACUGGAGAACCCUGCUGAUUAUCUGCAGUUUCCCGCCGCUUCUGAUCUUUUUGAUUUGCACUAUCCUCCCAGAAUCUGCGCGAUGGUUGGCGGCAAAAGGUCACCUGACUCAAGCGCAUGAUGUUUUGAUGAAGUUCGCUAGCAAAAAGUCCUCACCAGUAGACUCAGAUGCCUUGAAACACAAGCUGACUGAGUAUCACCAGGGUGAGGUGGAGUCAAAAACGAUUGCUUACUUGACUAAGAAUCAGUCCUAUCUGGAGCUGAUUCGUUCCCCCCGGUUGAGGAAGAGGACCAUCAUCCUUAGCUUCAACUGGAUGGUUAUAAGCAUGGUGUACUAUGGAUUCUUGCUGUACGUCACUCGUUUGGCCGGUAGUCCAUAUCUGAACUUGUUCCUUAUGUACCUCUCAGACGUGCCAACACACCUUAUCAACUGGGUGAUCGUGCAGAAAUUUGGACGCCGCGUUCCUCACUCGGCGAUAAUGGUGACUGGAGGUUUAUUCUGCCUUUUUGUCCUGGCUGUUCCUGAAGAACAGAAAGGUGCUGUAACAGCUUUGGCGUUCAUCGGUCGUUUCAUGGCAAGUGGAUCAUUCUCCAACAUUUACCUGUUUUCGACUGAACUCUAUCCCACCAUACUGAGGAACCAAGGAAUUGGUGUAUGUUCCACUAGUGCUCGUGUGGGAUCCAUUAUUGCACCUUACAUUGUCAUGCUGGCACAGUUGCCGGGAUUGAGCGCUACCCUUCCCAUGGUCAUUUUUGGCUCGCUGACUGUAGCCGCCGGCCUCCUGUCACUGCUUCUUCCCGAGACUUUGAUGAGCAACAUGGCUCAAACCGUGGAAGAAAUCGACAAAGAUAAGGAGUUCUACGGUAUGGUGUACAUGGGGAAACCUCGUCCAUGUCCUCUUCCUUGUCCUUGCUGCAGCUCUGAAGGGCCUGAUAACGAGGCUAGCUCAGCACCCUUGAAGGUUCCAAUGGACAACGAAAAUGACCAGGAAAACAUCUAAAGCGUAAAAUGGAGGUGUUGUUGGAAUGAAGUAUUCGACGGUUGUCGUUAAUACCAAAACAAUUGUCAUGAAGCAUCACGAAUGGUGCCGUAAAUUAGAAGUAAAAGCAAGUAGUUAGCAAUUUCAAUACAGUUAUAACCACAUAUCAGAAUUUUCUUAGUCCUUUGAAAUUUAAUCGCAUAUAUCCCAACAAUAUUUUAGCAAGGAGAAAAGGUAUCCCCUCUAAGAAAUAUAUCCUUAUAUUUUGGAAUAAGGCCUAACAGAGCCCAUUACAAUACACCAAUGGGCUCCUAGGCCUAACUGCAUUUAUUGCACCACGUGUCUUUUGAAUCUGUAAUAGUUAGCUAGAAAUAUGCACUUGUAACGGUUAAUGAAAGGAAAUUGAAAUAUGCUGAAGUAAGAAUAAAUCAGAUUUAUGUCUGGA